AUGACGGCCGCCGCCGUCGCCGGAGCGGACGACGAGAGGAAAGCGCAGGCCCUCGUGCGGGAUGACGCGCCCAAGCUGCUCGCCGCUCUCAAGGAAAUGAAGGACGGGCUCGACCUCGUCAGGUCCAAGGUCGAGUCGCUCACCCGCAAGGUUAGGAAAAACCAGCUGCCGACAGGCGAUGGCAUUGGGUACCUGGAGGCCAAGCACCAUCUGCUGCUGAGCUACUGCCAGGACCUCGUCUACUACCUGCUACGCAAGGCCAAGGGACUGUCCGUCGAUGGCCACCCCGUCGUGCGCAGCCUUGUUGAGAUCAGGCUGUUUCUUGAGAAGAUUCGCCCAAUAGACAAGAAGAUGGAGUACCAGAUCCAGAAGCUCACCAAUGCUGCAGAUGGUGCGACUGCCCAGGAUAAGGCGCCAGACGCUGAGGUCAAUGUCAAGGGCAGGCAGCAAGGCGAGGAUGACCUGUUGGGGUACCGGCCAAACCCGGAUAUGAUGGAUCCCAAAAUUGCUCCUGAAGGACAGGGCAAAGAUGGUAUCUACGUUCCUCCGAGAAUUGGGCCAGCUGCCAUGGAUGAUGGUCAUAGUAAAGACGCUAUAAGGAAAGAGAAAAGAUUAUUGCGUAUGGCAACAGAGAAUCCUUACUUUAAGGAGAUGAUUGAUGAUGCCGCGGAUAGACCUGAAGAGUGGAAGGAAACAGCGGGUGACGAAAGUAAAGAAUUUAUGGCCUACAUGCGGCAGAGAGAGAAGCAAGAGAAGGCGGAAGAGGAGCUGUUCACCCGAGCUCCCGUAACCAAACGUGAAAAGUACAUGGAGAAGCAGAUGAAAAAGCAGCUUCAUGGGUUACAAGGCCUGACCGACGGAUUCGACCUUGGGAUGAACACGCUGCUCGAUGGCGAGAAGGAAGACGACGACGGUGGUUCCAGUGAGCCGCGUAGACAGAGCGCGGGGCGGAGAAAACACCAGAAAGGAGGCAAGAGGAAGCGGCAUUAA